UUCUUGGAGAUCAGCUCUGGUAGACGCGGUGGUUCUUGUCGCAAUACCGCCAAUUGAAACAUCUUUUAUUCAUAUAUAUAUAAAUAUAUAUAUAUAAUAAUAAUCUAACUAUACCAAAUUUUAUUAAAACACUGAGGGAUUAUAUCAAUCGACGAAAUAAGCAGGUGAACCCCGAAAGAAACUGAUGCCAGUGUUUAUGGGACUGAAAUAAGGUUCGACAGUAUUCACAAAUUGAGGAAGAAAUUGGGAAACUACGGUACCGUACUGAACUAUGGUGGCUAAAUUAUAGACUAUUAACAUGAUUGACCUGAAGACUCUUUUCAAAGACUUCAAUCACAGUAAGUUUGUGGUGUUCGUUUGCCUUCUUCCAUGUGCAAUUCUCAUCUCAUUAAAACUCGAUCAACACAUAACUUGGUCGCUGUGGGUGAUACUAACUCCACUUUGGAUUCUAAAAUUGAUAGUUGUUUUGGGAGCAUUCAUUGGAAGCAUAGAGUGGUGUCGACAUCCAGAGUAUAGGCAUGAUGUUGACAGUUACACUGAUUUCAAGGCAAUGUUGAUGACUCUUGGAAUGCAACUUUUAUUAUUAAUGUUUGAAUUGCUUGUCUGCAAUAAAGUUGAAAAUAACGGUCAAAACUCUUGGAUAUUUGUUUUUAUGCCUUUGUAUUUUGUCUCACCAGUUGCAAUUGCUGCUUGUAUUUGGGGCUUCAAGCAUGAUCGGUCUCUGGAGCUGGAAGCACUUCUUUCCAUCAAUAUACUUUUGUUUAUAUUUGUUGCACUGAAGCUCGAUAACACAAUUGAUUGGGGCUGGACUGUGAUAUUUAUUCCACUGUGGAUUGCAAUGUGUUUUCCAGGAGUUGCUGUUUUAUAUUAUUUAGUUUGGACUUUGUUAUUCUUCAGAUCGACUUUUCCUGGUGUUGACAGAAGAGCUCAUUUAUCGGACGCUUUGAUAUGGAUAAUUGUUGUUAUUCCUAUUUUAACAUUUGAGGUGUUGCUGUCGUACAAACUUGAUGGUUUAAAUCAAUUUCCAUGGGUUAAUAUCUUCAUACCAUUGUUCAUAAGCUUGUUAGCUUUAAUAUGUAGCUCAUUUGGUAAGAAAGGAGGAAACAAAUGGUGGUUUGGUUUACGAGAAGAUUUCUGUCUGUUUUUGCUCGAAUCAUGUCCGUUCAUGCGACUAUAUGGCAACGUAUCAUACAAACUUCCCAAAGAAAAAGAUGAUCCAAAUUUUGAUGAACUCGGUCAAACAGAUGAUACGAAUUCAUGGGUGCCAGAUGUUCGAUAUUAUGCAUCAGCUGAUUACCAAUUUACUGCUAAAGUCAUCACCAGCAGUCCUACUGGUUGUGGAACUGUGGUACCUCCUACAUAUAUUGAGAGCCCAGAUUGAAGUGAAGUUAAAUUGAAUGUUGUUAAUGAGAUUUCAAGCAGCUUUGCGUGGUUGAUUAAACCAUUUUUUAAGAAAUCAUCAAUAAGAUUGCUAAAAUCAAUAAGUUCAAUGGUCAAAUACCCAGAUUCAGAAAUUCACCUCAAGUAUACACAAGAGAAUAUCUGCUACUAUUUUCCUCGAUAUUGGGAUAUUAUGCUUUUGGGCAGUGGAUAUUAAACUUUCAUAAUUGAGACCCUUAACAAUCGUGCCCACACUUCUUUCCCCCCCGAAAUCACCAUGGAAAAAUACCUUAUAACUAGUUCACAUGCGAAAACUAGUGAAAAAUAAAAACAGUAAAAACUGUCACUUAUGGCUGAAGGAGUUUGAGAAAUCCUGCUGUAGGAAAUAAUUUUAAAAGUUAAAUAUAAGCGUGCGUUCCAUUGGUAAUCUCACGUAAAAUAUCCAGGAAUCAGUUUUCUGUUACCAGUUUUGGUCUAUGUAUUUACAGUUUAUAUUUUUAAAAAUUGGUGAUGUAAUUGGCCGAAGGCCUGUUGCCAAGUUUGAUGAGUAGUGUUAAAUAAUAUUUCAAGGGGGGUAAUCCAACAGUAAACGGAUGGCAAUAUUUGUUGCUAGGGCAAUAUAUGAUUUGUGGGCACAAAAUGCCUAACUUGUUCACUAAGUUUUCAUGCCAAAAAAAAAAAACACUGGGGGAAGCUCUACUCUUCGAAAUUUUCGUAUUUUACUUGAAUAUUAUCAUACCCAUAAUUGCAUUUUUUUAUAUUUUCUGUGUCGCUCCAUUUUAUCAAUAAAUAAAUCACUUUACGGUA